AUGCCGCAAAAUCUGCAGAGUAAAACGAGAGUAGCCAUGCAUGAUAUAAAGGAAAAGAAGAAUGUUGCUUGUGUAUCGACGUCAGUGGCGUUUACAACGGAGAUAAAUGUUGGAUCACAAUCCAACGACACUGUAGAAAUCACCAUCGAAGAUCCUUGCGAUCUUGAAAACGUAAACAAGCGCGUUAUUUGUAAACUUGCGACAACCCAGACUUUUGCAAGUCAUGCCUUUAUUACACCACUUGCAAGCACUUUGACAACCAAAUCGAAAUUGGAGGAAACGUUAUUCCGAAAAAUAAAGAGGUUGAAGGAUACUGUGUCGCGUUUAAAGACAUGUAAUCAGGCUGCAACGAGUAUUAUCAAGGUAAAUUGGGCGAUGAUAAAAGCCUCGUAUAUCAAAGAUAAUAAUCUCAAUCCAAAUGCCUAUACAUAUCGCAGGUUCUGCCUCUGUAAACGACCUGGAUUUAUUGGAUUUAUUGGUAACGUGACCCUGUUCGGGAGCUGUGAGCAUUCCUUUAUAUCUACGACGGAGACGUCGUCAACAUCAACGUUCCCUAUAUGA